ACAAAGCGCUUGCCCCGACUGGUUGUAAAGGACAUGGAGCAGCUUUACAUUGAGGAGGUGCGCAAAAUGAUCGGUGAGCUGAUGAUUCGCCUUGAAGCGGUCCCAGUGACGAAGGGUGCAAGCGGGUUUCAAAAGUUUAAAAAGUACAACAGAAGUGGCCAGAUGAUAAUGUCUAGUCCCGGCUCACUGCUCAAGGAUUCAACUGAUGAAUCUUCUGAGUUGAAUUUGAAUAAGUUGGAUAUUCAACUAAACUUCACAAUUGAGGUCAAUGCAUUUGGCUAG